AUGGGCGGCGACGGCGGAGAUGAUACGCAGCAAGUCGUCACCAACGGCAGCCGGGUAGAGUCAUUCCUCCUUCGCAACGGCACUUAUGACUGGAGCCGAGAUCACGCAGGCAUUUCGUUCCUGAAAAAGGCACAGAAGUAUGCUGUGCCGUACAUCACUUUCUUCAUCAACGCGGCGCCAUCGCAUAUUGCUGGGAAUGGGGCAUCCUGCGGUUGGAACAUGACCAAGCCGAAGGUCCCAGAGUUCUCACAAUACAUCAGCGCCGUUCUUUCGCAUUGGUCGAACAACGGCAUCGACAUCAAGUACAUCAGCCCGAUGAAUGAACCGGACAACAACCGAGCAGACUGCGGGCAAGAAGGCAUGGCGGUAGCUCCAGCAUUACGGGCAAACGUCGUGCAAUCUAUCCGCAGCGCCCUGGACAAGUCUGAUGCUGCGCACGUGGAUAUCAUGGCCGACGAGACGAGCCAGGUCACGACACAAGCUUUUCCGGAAGACCCAGUCUGGCUGCCUCAAGCAGCUCCUUACAUGUCGACUUUAGCCGUACAUAACUACGACUAUCCUGACGACGCGGCUCUCUCGGAGUACUACCAGUCGAUCCAGAACUUGACCGAAGGUGAGAGACUUCCACCGGUGAAGUUCACGGAGACAUGCUGCAGCACGAGAUCCGGCUCCGGCUCUGAUGUAUUCGGAGCUCAAUACGAUCCAACCAUGAAGAAUGCUCUCAUCGUGGCAAGAUAUGUAUGGCAAUACCUUACCAUCGUACAAGCAGAAAGCUUCGAUUGGUGGACUGCGGUCACGAACUUGCCGUGCUCGCCAAAGAUAGAUGGACCGAAGUGUGCAACUGCCAUCAACAACACGGCUGGCUACAACUCAGGCCUGGUGUACAUUGACGGCAACUACAACAAGACGCAUGACUACAAUCUGUAUACCACCAAGCGGGCGUUCAUGCUGAAGCACUUUGCCUACUUCCACCGACCGGGCAGCGUCCGCUACGAUGUUCCGCAAGCACAGCUACCAUCCGGGAUCAACGCCAUUGCGUCCAAAAAGGGGCAUACGUGGAGUGUUCUCUUCGUGAACAACCAUACUCACGCUUCGAACCUGAAGCUUCAGCCGCCCGCGAAGGGCGCGAGGCCUGUGAGAGUCGUGCAGACGACCGAUGCUGAGGACUGGGCCGAAAUCAGUCCGCUGCCUGCGAUGAAGAAGGGCUGUGUGAAGCUCAAGUUGCCAGCGCAGAGCUUGGUGACGAUACAGUUCUCGAGUUGA